UUCUACUAACAACUGAGUCAUUUGUCAUUCAAAACGUACAGACAGGAAGCUUAGACUGACAUACUACACAUAACAUCAGAACAACAGAAUGACAGCGCAACCCAGUAGCAUUACAGCCGAUCCGCUGGUUGGGGCCAUAGACCAAGGAACUAGUUCGACGCGAUUUCUGGUGUUCAAUGCUAGAACAGCAGAGGUGGUCAGUCAACAUCAGGUUGAAAUUAGACAGAGGUUUCCUAAGGAAGGAUGGGUUGAAGAGGACCCUAAAGAGAUAUUACAGUCUGUGUAUGAUUGCAUGGAGAGGACUUGUGAGAAACUCACUCAGCUUGGCACUGACAUCUCUAAUAUUAAAGCAAUUGGUGUGUCCAAUCAAAGAGAGACAACCGUGGUUUGGGACAAAGAAACUGGAGAACCUCUUUACAAUGCUAUAGUUUGGUUGGACCUGCGGACACAGUCCACCGUCGAGAAGCUCAUUGAGAAAACUCCUGAUAAGAACAAAAACUACUUAAAGGAUAAGACGGGUCUGCCCAUCAGUACAUAUUUCAGUGCAGUGAAGCUGCGUUGGUUGAUAGAUAACGUAGAAGAGGUGGCUGACGCUGUACACACUGGCUGUGCUGUUUUUGGCACUGUGGACACCUGGCUAAUCUGGUGCUUGACUGGUGGAAAGAAUGGUGGAGUUCACUGUACAGAUGUCACCAAUGCCAGCCGUACCAUGCUCUUCAACAUACACACCAUGGAGUGGGACCUAGAGCUGUGCAAAUAUUUUGAUAUCCCACAUCAAAUCCUCCCUGAAGUUAGAAGUUCCUCAGAGAUAUAUGGCUACAUGAAAGGUGGUUCACUGGCAGGUGUACCCAUCUCUGGAUGUUUGGGAGAUCAGUCUGCAGCUCUUGUUGGUCAGAUGUGCUUCAAAGAUGGUCAAACCAAAAACACUUAUGGAACUGGUUGCUUCAUGAUACAAAACACAGGUGUUAAGCCUGUGAUGUCAGACCAUGGUCUCCUUACAACAAUUGCAUACAAACUAGGAAAGGACAAACCAGCUUACUAUGCACUUGAGGGCUCUGUGGCCAUAGCAGGAGCUGCAGUGAGGUGGUUAAAGGAUAAUCUGGGAAUAAUUAAAUCCUCGUCAGAUAUAGAAAAGCUGGCAACUGCAGCUGGGACGUCAUAUGGCUGCUAUUUUGUUCCAGCAUUUUCUGGACUGUAUGCUCCCUACUGGGAGCCUAGUGCUCGAGGAAUUAUUUGUGGUCUGACACAAUUCACGAACAAAAGCCAUUUGGCAUUUGCUGCACUUGAGGCCGUUUGCUUUCAAACGCGAGAGGUUCUGGAUGCAAUGAAUCAGGACAGUGGUGUUCCACUCACUAAGCUACAGGUAGACGGAGGGAUGACGGCUAACAAAUUACUAAUGCAGCUGCAGGCUGACAUCCUCUGCAUUCCUGUGGUGAGACCCACUAUGUCUGAGACCACAGCAUUAGGUGCUGCUGUGGCAGCAGGGUUAGCUGAGGGGGUCUGCGUGUGGACUCUACAUCCUCAUGGAUUAACAUCUGUGACUGCUGAGAAAUACCAACCUCAGAUAAACAAAGAGGAAAGUGAAUUUCGUUACACAAGAUGGAAGAAAGCUGUAAAGAAAGCUAUGAACUGGGAAACGCAUGAGCAGGUUUCCAGUAAGAAUGGAAAAUGCUGUUAAGUAUUCAAGAAUGGUCAGAAUCUGAAAGAAGCGGAAAUGAAGACCAAACAAGCACAUAGAUCACAGUGAGCCCAAGCACAAGGCCAUAGCAACAUAGACCUAAGUUGUAGAACUAUGAGCAAUAUCAUUUUCAACUAGUAAAAAAAAAAAGAGUGGGGCAUGAUUUCAGGGAGCUUUUCAUUAAAUCUAACUAAAAGUUUAUCAAUUAAUAGAUGUCAGUUCAGUCUUUGCUAUUAAACGUUCUGUAGUGUAGUCAUUGAUCAUCUACCAAAACUUAGAAACAGCGCUAGGAACCACAAGUUUCGUGAUUAAUGGAAUGCUUGUUAAAUCAGCAAUAAUAGGUUGACUACAUGAGGGAAUCCUCUAACCUAAUUCUACUGAAAAGAAUGACAGGAAAUCAGCGGCAUCAACUCUGCAUAUGGAUGGGGUUAUUAUGCCUUACUUUGAUGCAACCGGUCCUUCAGUUUGAACUCGUCCUCUGUCCAUAUUUAGACCAGGCCAAAGUAGGAAUGCUUUUGAUAGCUAAGCCCAUGUGCCAUCUUGAGGCCUGGAAUUACAUCGCAAUUACCCUACAGGCUAUAGAUUUUCUGGGAGAGGGGAGAUAGCCUCACUGUUUUCUCCAAGCUGGACCAUCCAGGAGAUACGGUGAUGACUAGGCAAGUUUCCAAAAUGAAAGAAACAAACUUCGUAAUUCAAAGAUUACAUUAAGCUAACCAUAUAUUACUUUAACUUCUUAUGCAGUUUGCAAUCAUAGUGAAUACAAAGUUAAACCUUGUAUUACUUUGUAGAUCCUUAUACCUGCAAAGGGAGAAACAACAUUACAAACUUCUGUUUCGUUGCUAAGUGGCAAUGUAGAUCUAUGCUUGAUAUGAUGAUCUAUGAGCUAUGUAGCAAUUAAUUUCACAUAGAUAGCUUUGCGAAUAAAAAUGAUAUGGAAGAGAUCUUGGUGUCCUUGAGAUAUACACAGAGAAUUCUGUAAUCCAGUUUUGUCAUCCAAAUUAAAUUCUGAUAGAAUGGGAACAGUGUUAAAAUGCUUGCUAUUGUUUUAAGAAAGGGCUCUCUCAUUCCAGUCUGCAAUUUUUGACACUUAGAUGUUCUAAGUUUCCCGGUGGAGUGGGAAAGAAAUAAAGUGGUGAUAAGUCUUCUUUUAGGGUUUUAAAUGCUGAUUUUAGGGCUUUAAAUUGCUGAGGUUUUUUGUUUGGAGGUUGUUAUGCAUACUUACGUCACAAUUGUUCUAAUUUCCAUGAAGCUGACAUGAGGGUGAAAAAGUUCAACCUUAAGAAAAAAAAAACUAUUUUUAAUCAGAGGAAAAAUGAGAAACUUUGGAAACCGUGGACCACAAGCGUCAUCCAGUCAUCCUGAACAACCAGGAGUGAAUCUACAAGGAAGAAUAAAUGAAAAUCACUACCAAACAGUGUGCAAAGCUGAUAGAAACUUACUGCAACAGACUUAAAGCCAGCAUGGGAGUAAAGGGUAGCGAAUACUUAUGCAAGUAGCAUAUUGACACAUGUUUAAAGAUCUGCUAAAAAUGAAUUUUGACUUAUUUUAAGAACAUAUUGUUUUUCAUUAAUAUACUAGAUGGAAGAAUGAGUGUGUCAUUUGUAAUCUAGAUGAAUCUGAUGAUUUAAAGGUGCCACCAUAUCUAUUGUAAUCAGUGUGGUUAUUCCCAAUGGAAAUAAUCAAUAUACUACUGUGUUUCAUUUAUUUCAGUUUAUUCUUGGAAUUGGUUUAAGUGAAAUGAACUUGAGCCAAUUUGAUUUGACCAUAAUUUGAUGUUCGUUUAAGUAAACAUCAGCUUUCAAUAAAUCACAAGAAAAGAGGAGCAUAAGAUAGUGUUCUGUAAUAUAACAGAUAUGUGAUUGACUAAUAGAAAAUUACUUAUUUUCAAGGAAUCCCUUUACAUUUUAAAUUACUCAUUAAAAUCUGUUCUACAUUUUUAUCUUUCAGCAUGCUGUAACUAAAUGGAUAAAACUUUACUAGUGGCGAAUUUCCCUGGAACAAUGAACAUACAGUCUUAUUACUGUCCGGUUCUUAUUACUAUCCUGUGAGAUAAGCCUCAGUAAGGAAUGUGCUAAAAUGUGAAUUUUGGUCAUUUGUUCACAUACUUAACAGCAAAAUAAAAUUCCAAUCUGUAUUCCUGUUCAAAAACAGAGUGUGUUUGUCCCAGGUACAACAGUGUGUCCCAGUUGUUCCUGUACUUAAAACUGGUCUACAAAGUUUAGGAUCCCUGUAAAUUUAGCUCUGCAAGACUGAACACGUGCACUGUAUACCUGUAUUGUAUAUCUCAAUGAGUGACAGUCCAUUUUAAACUCAGUUUAAAAAGUAAAAAAAAAUGUCAGCAAAAUGUAUUAUUUUAAUGAAAAUGUAUUUUCUCUUUAAGGAACAAUAAGCAAUAAAUUGUCAAUAAUUAUUUCAUAUGUCAUUUUUUCAUACGUCAUCGUCAUAGUCACCACUCCUCUGGCUUUGUAGUUCCUAUA